UUCAAUAUGGUGGCCGUUGUUGCACGGUUUACGUCGGAUAUCCGGAUUUUGAAGUAGAAAUAGUAUCAGUGGAUCAUUUAAUCUACUGUAAUUAUGGAAAUUCGAUUGAAAAUUUUGUACCGUAUCGAAAAACUUUGAUGGUACAUCAGUACGUUUGGUAAAAAGUUGAAUACAAUACAAUCGAGGCACUCUGUACAUACUAGCUUAGGAAGUGGUGUUCGGGCAUUGAAAAUCUAAGAAAAAUCUGAAAAAUGGAAAACGUUAAGAUGGAAAAUGUGACAGAUACAGCUCAAUCGGAAGUGGAGUCAAGUAAUACCGUAGAUGGAACGGAAAGUUCCGUCACAGAUAUCACUAAUUUAGACAUUAAAUCUCGACUUAGUCUGACAACGAGUGAUGUCUACGAAGAACCACGUACAAAUGGAAUACCUCGGCAAGGUCAUUUAAAUCAGCACGAUGAAGCAAAAACAUUGUCUCAGGAAAAUAGCGACGACAACAUUCAGUACAUUAGCUACACAAGUGAAUUACAAAUGCCUGACAUUAUGCACUUAAUACAAAAGGAUCUGAGCGAACCUUACUCCAUUUACACGUACAGAUAUUUCAUUCAUAAUUGGCCGAAAUUAUGUUUCCUGGCGAUGCACGAAGACAAAUGUAUUGGUGCCAUUGUUUGCAAGUUGGAUAUCCACAGAAAGGUGAUAAAACGUGGAUACAUUGCUAUGUUAGCUGUUGACGUGAAAUAUCGUAAGCGGAAAGUUGGAUCGAAUUUGGUAAGGAGAGCGAUACAAGCUAUGAUGGAAGAUAACGCUGACGAGGUAGUCUUGGAAACAGAGAUCACUAAUCGACCGGCGCUACGUUUAUACGAGAAUCUAGGCUUUGUGCGCGACAAACGAUUAUUUCGGUAUUAUUUGAACGGUGUGGAUGCACUUCGAUUAAAAUUGUGGCUCAGAUGAAAUUUGUCUGCAUAUUUAUGUCAAUAAACAUUUCAAUCAUUAGAACGUUCAACAAACAGAGAGAGAAUGGGAAAAAGAGAAACAGGGAAUCUUCUGUAUUCCGAAAUAUCGAGGAAUGCGCAAUGUUAAUGCCAGAGAAAAAAAUAAAUAGAUAGAGAAAGAGGGGGGAGGAGAGAGAGAGAGAGAAAGAAAGAAAGAGAGAUUAUCGGUUGUCUACGCACAAGGCAUUUCUAUUCGACAGUACCGUCUACAUCGAAUAAUGUUUUCUGCUGUGCCACCAUGUAAGAUUUUUUAUUUUGGAUGUCGCGUACAUACUAAAGAAUAUUUCCUUUGGCAUUAACCUACCGCUUGCAACUUAAUAGCUCGAAGCUAAGAGAUGACAGCGUAGAAAAUCGACACUCUGAAGAGUGGUUGUUGAACGAGUACUUUGGACACGUCGUGGCAACAAAUGCACAAUCAAUUGCGUGUAUACGUAUUACGCGUGAACAGUAAUGCCAUUGGAUAUUGGUUGUUUCGGACAUUACACAAGUCUGUCGUACGGUAAUAACGGAUACACGUACGAGUACACGAGAAACGGAGGGGCGGCGCACGAAUGCGUAUAAAUGUAUGCAGAUGAACGGAACAUGAUGAUGAAUUGUUAUCGUUUGCCAAAUUUCAAAUAUUUCAAGGGGACUACAUCGCGUGCGAUUGACACACGAUCGUAUUCAUUGCUGUUUACUUAUUGUAUUUACCUUUGUAUAAAAACAAACACGAGCCUCGAAUCGCGAUGUAACUAUUAAAAUGUGUAAAAAUGUUAAUAAAAAGUACGGAA